AUGCGCCUCGGAAACCCGGCUAGGUCGUCUGUGCUGGCGCAAAUGACGAUGGCCAGCAGUCGCGCCGCAGCUUUCUCGACGACAGGUCACAUGUGCAAGCGAAAGACCAGAGACAACAACAAGAAGCGCGGUGUGAGCAGCCUGUACCGCUCGGGACCACGCGAACCCCUUUCCAUGUCCAAUGUGCCGCUGCCAAAGCCUCGCGCCGACUACAAGCCCACCGUGCCCGUGGACGAGAGCCACGGCCUCUGGGGCUUCUUCCCGGAGCCCAACAAGCUGAUGUGGACGCCGACGGAAAUGGAGAAGCACGGGAGGGCGUGGAAGGUCGAGGAGCUGCGCCGGAAAUCGUGGGAGGACCUGCACGCGCUGUGGUGGACGUGCUGCAAAGAGCGCAACAUGCUGGCCACCACCAAGGCCGAGCUGGAGAGGACAAAGCUAGGCUUUGGCGAGUCCGAAAUUGAGGCCCGCGAGCUCGAGGUAAACAAGACGAUGAAGGCCAUCAAGCACACCCUUACCGAACGACAAUACACGUGGGAAGAUGCGACCAAAAUUGCCGAGUCGGACCCAGAGAUUGACCUGCAAGCGGAAGACGGACAGUUCUACAAGCCAUCCGCGUACGAGGAAGAGACCGAUGUGCCCGACACCUGGGCAUCCGAGGUGGCCAAGCCCGAGGUGGCCAGCAAAGCCGAGCCGGCCAAGGUGCCAAGCUGA